GGAAAAAAGGCAUAGCAGUGCACACACACAGGUCCGCUCUGCUCGGGGGAUUAUCCUAGUGCUUUCAGAUCUGAUGGAGGACAUGCAGGCAUGAACAGGGUUGUUCUGUUGUCAGUGCAAGCUCAUGUCAGUGAUGGACUACAGCCGGACCUGCGCUAACCUUAGCUGGCAUUCAUGAAACAGCUUUCCUCCUCACCGAGACCAGCUCCACAGAAUGCUGAGUCCUAUUGUCCCUUAUAGCCUGUUAAAGAUGCACUGGAACCCAGAGCAUGCCCAGUCCCUCAGCCAGUGGCCUGAGCAGCACCUGGACGUCUCCUCCACCACCUCCUCUCCUGCUCAUAAGUCAGAUUUAUAUUCUGGCCGCGGCCGCAGCUCCAGCUACAACUACGCUUGGGCCAAUGAUGACAUCUCUGCCCUCACAGCCUCAAAUCUGCUAAAGCGCUACGCUGAGAAGUACGCUGGCGUGCUGGACUCCCCAUAUGACAGGCCUCCUACUGUGGCUACCUACCCAGAACCAGGUGGCUUUGGGGGCCUUAAUGGCCAGAAGACAGAGCUGGAACCUUGGUCACUGAUGCACAACACUGACACCUCCUAUCCCUUGGCUCCUCCUGGAUGCCACGAGAGCCUUUCAAGCUCUAAGACUGUAGCCACAUCCACUGGCCCUCCUGGCGGUGGCAACGUUUCAGCAGUGAACAGUAAUCUCUCAGACUCUGCUUACAGUGGUAGCAGCUCUUGCACUGGUUCCAGUGAGUAUCCCUCAAGCUAUCAUGGCACCUAUCUUUCCUCAGGGUUCUGUCCGCAGCCCAGCGCAGCACUUCCCCCCACCUCCCUCCACACUCUGCAGUCCACACCCACUUUGGUACCCAGCUACAGCCCAAACACACCAGUUUAUAACUACCCACCCAGUGCAUACCCUCCCCAGACCAGCCUGGCUUCAAGCUACAGUCAACCCUCUGCAACUUACCUCCCCUCAGGUCUGCCAGCUCCUACCCCUGUUCCCCCAAGGCCCACAGUGGUAGGAGGCACUUAUAGCUACCAAAGCGCCAGCCUUGAGGCAUCUGAGUCUGGAGGGACAUUAAAAAGAAAGGCAUUUGACAUUAGCGUCGAGGAGGAUGACAGCGGAGACAGGUCUCGUUACAGAAAAUAUAGAUAUGACCCCUUAAAGGGUGGUGGAACUUCUCCCUACAGUGUGAACGACAAAACAGAGUGUUGUGGAAAUGGCUUCAGCAGCUCAGGCAGUGCAGACCCCCAAACAUUCAAGCCUAGUAAGCUCUCCUCUCAGCCCCUGGUGUCCCCUGAGUUUGCAGCAGGAGGGGAAUAUAGCCCUCCAGCUGGCAUGACAGGGGACAGUGGGGUGACAGAGCAGGGCUUCACCCAGCAGCAACAUCGCUCUCAGGCACUCAAACGCCCUCCAUUAUGUACUCCAACUGUUGAGACCGUGAAGAGUCCAGACCCCCGAAUGUUGGAGCUCAUCAAUGGAGAGUUAUUAGACUGCAGCCCCACGCUGCUCUGGAGUGAACUAUUAGGGCUCACCCAUGUAAAGGCUGCACUGGAGGAGGACCUAAUUUGGCCCGUUUUGAGGCCCAGUCCAGUGGUGCAGCCACCAAGAACCAUCCUGCUGUUUGGCCCCAGUGGAGGGGGUAAGAUGACACUGGCUCAGUCAUUGGCCUCACAGUUGGGGGCUUCUUUUUAUCGUGCCAGUGGAGCAAUGCUGGCCACCAAGGGGAAGUUGGAAGCAGAACACAUUCUGGGUUCUCUGCUGCAGGUGGCAGAGGCACGGCAACCCUCUGUAGUGCUGCUUAGUCAGGUGGAGGCCAUGGAGGAGGAUGCGCUGAGGCAGAUCCUGCUGACGACCCUGGAGAAAGCCCAGGUGGGGACCACAGGUCUGGUCAUUUUUGUAUGUGCUACUGGAAGGCCGGAUCUAUUGCCAGAAGCGGUACAUCGGAGCUUCGCCAAGAGAUAUUAUGUUGGUCUACCAGAUGUGGGAAUUCGUCAGCAUGUGCUGCUGCAGGCCCUGACACCCCAAGGCUGCAGCCUGCAUGAAAGGGAGCUGAACGCUGUGCUGCAGCGCACAGAAGGCUUUUCAGUGUGGGAGCUGCUGCAGCUCAGCCAGCAGGCACUUUCCUCAGCGUCCUCCCAAACUGGAGUUAUGCACCGCCUUGCCACACCCCCCAAACCCCCAGACUUCACUGAUUUUGAGAAUGCCUUCUGCAAGGUGCGGCCACACACCACCACAAAAGAACUAGACACUUGUUUGGAGUGGAGCAAGAUGUAUAGCCACUGAGACAGCAGCCAGUCAUUGUGCUCGGACUGCCAUGUGUUAGUUUUGGCUUAAAGAGCCACGGGAAUGUUUUAUUUUUGCUUUUUCAAUUUCAGAUUAUGCAGCAACACGAGUAAGAAGAGCUCAACAACAGGAGAAUGCUGACAGAUUUGUUCUAAUGGUAGGAGCAUACCAAAACAUACUGUUUUGUUUUGCCCACUUAAUUACGUUAUUCCCAAAGAAAGAUGAGUGAUGAAGUGGUGUAUUUUUUUGUUGUUGUUUUUUUUUUUUUUUGUCAUUU